CGUCAGACAACCGGGCUUCAAUAGGCUUUCACUAUUUGCAGUUUCAGGGUUUCCCCCAGAAAACUUGCUCAGCCUGGUGGUUGGACUGCUGGAGAAGCCCACUGUGUUUAUGUAAAAAAAAAAAAAGUUAAAAGUUGACAGAAAUUUUGAAAUUAUGACUAUUUUGUGUUAUUGUCAGGAUUUUUACUUACUUUACUUAAAUGCAGAGUCUUACUUUCCAUAUUGCCAGUUGCUACGGUAACACUUGUUGCUGCCAUUAUGUUCUUUAAGUAUUUGUUGUUUCUAUGGAGUUCACAGCAGUGCAGAAGUCCAGCAGUACCUCCUUCAGUCCAGCAGAGGGCGCAGUGUUGCUGUUAGAUGUACAGUGCAGUGUGAAGCAGCAGAAGAAGAAUGUGUGUGAAGGGAAGGAAGCAUGUUGUUCGUGACGGUUCAUUAAACAGAAGCAGUUCCAUCGUCUGGACAGUGAAUCAUUCUGAGGACAGAACACCAACCAUCCGCUAGUUUGAUGUUUACCAUCGCGGCUCGCAGAGGGCUGCUCUGACGACGUGCUAGCAUUAGGGCUGCCACGAUUAGUCGGUUAAUCACGAUUAUGUCGACUAUUAAAAUAAUCCACGACUAAUUUAAUAGUCCUGUAGAAGUUUUUUUUUUUUUUUUCUCCAAUCUUUGUUUUUGUCUCGAAACUGCCGCGGUACCUUCCACUGCUGCGUCUGCCUCUCUGUGUUUAACACACAUGCAGUCGUGUCAGUCGCGACGACAUGGCCGCCCGGCAGCAGCGGAGCUCCAAAGUGUGAGAGCAUUACAAGAAAACGUCAGAGAAAAGUGCCAUGCAGCAUCAGCAGGACAGAACCUGCCUUCCACGGCAGCACAGCUGCGAUGCAUGAGCAGCCGAAACAGAAGCGCGUCGUGGCUCGGGACAACGAUGAAGAUUGACCGUCGUCUCGAGCUUCACCCCGUCGGAGCGGAUUCUCUCUGCAGCAGAACAUCUGCUCCCAGAGAGAGCAGCCUGUCUCCAACAUGUAGAAAUGCUGACUGUCCUGGCGGUGAACCAGAGCCCUGUGGAGUUUGGGAUUAUGUAGCGUCAGAUUGUAAUAAAGUUGUAUACAGAUUGGUCAUGCCGAGGGACCAGGGACAUCUCAGGGAGGGCGCCCCCUACAGCACGUCCAAGACCGCCAAAGACAAGAGUAACAGCAGCGCCCUGCAGGCGUCUCAGGGAGGACGGCAGCCGGCGCUGCUCCGGGACCGCGACAGGGACUCCGAGAAGGACUCGGGAUACUCAGAGGCCAGCUCCGAUGACCAGCGCAGCAGCCGGAGCAGACCUGUCCGAGAAAAUGGCAAAAACCUGAAUGGCAGGAGCGCGAACGCUGGGCGGAGUCCGUAUGGAGACCCGCCCCCCGUCUACGUCCUCAAAAACCUGGUGGUCAAACCGUCUGCACCGGAGCUCCUCCACGGGUCCCUGGCCUGGACCGGGGGCUGGCACAAGCCCCAGACUCAGCUGCUCCUGAUCCAGCAGCCGGCCGCCUCCGCCCCCCAGUCCUCCGCCCCCACGCCUCCACCUGGCCAGCCCUCGCCGCAGAACCCCCCCAAGAAAGGCGGCGGCUGCAGCAGACAGGGCCACGGCAGCAGGAGCUCCUACCUGCCCAUCCUCAACUCCUACCCUCGCAUCGCCCCCCACCCUCGAAAGGACUCCCAUGAGACCAAGGGGCCCACAUGGGCCAAAGGGGCCAAGGAGAGUGGAGGUGAAGGCCAGAGCCAAAGCAAAAGGGUGUGCACCGAGGAGGAGAAGUGGGACUUGGUGUCAACCACCAGCGACCUGCAGAGCCGGUCUCAGGACCCGGUCCAGAGCAGCGGCGUCCGGUUCUCCAGCGCCGCCCGGCCGCAGAGCUCCGGCCGCGACUGCGUGGGCUCCCCCUCCAUCUCCAGCUCCCAGACGCCGUCACCCCCUUCUCUGUCGGACUCCCCCUCAUCCUCCUCGCCUCCGUCUUCGUCUCUGCCUUCCUCCACGGCCACCAGCCCCCGCCACCCGGCCGGCGGCGGUUCCAGCGCCCGCCACUCGGCCACCGCCGGCUCCAGCGCCCGCCAGCGGCGUUUCCUCAACACGGCCGAGAUCCUGCAGCAGUCGGGGCUGCUGGCCAUCACGCUGCGCACCAAAGAGCUCCUGAAGCAGAACGCCGCCACCGACCGGGAGCUGGCCCAGCUGAGGCAGCACACCCAGCUGCUCUGCCAGGCAGCCUGGGGGGGCCAGGGGGGCCAGGUGGGGCCGGGGGGGCAGCGCUGGAGCAGCAAGACCUCCGACAGCCUGAACAAACUCCUCCAGACCAUGAGCGAGUCGGGUUCCUACCCCGGCUUGGAUGUAGAGGGUCUGAAGGUACUUGGCAGGACUAGAAACCAGGGGGACCAAGGGGACCAGGAGGACCAGGGGGACCAGAGGCGCCGCCACGGACGGACCUCCACCGUCCACAGCAGCUGCCCCUCAGUGGUGACACUACACUAUGUGGAUGACGGAACGUCUCCACCUUCUCCUCUUUUUGCCCCCUCCCCAGACGCCACUGAGCGUCCUCUGGAUCCUCUGGACCCCCCCUCACUGUGUGCGUCCCUCCAGAGACCCCCGUCCAAACAGGAUGGCCCCCCACUGCUGCCAGAGAGCUUAGCUAAGCAGUGAAAGCAGCCGGUGUAGCGUGGCUGACGGUCUGUGGCUGUCUGAUGGUCUUUAGUCACUGACACACUGGAGAGUACAAUAUCUGACCUUUAGUCUGUAACGUGCUGACCUGGGGUCAGCCCGGGGUCACCACUUGACACUGUAGUGGGCUACAUUUUAGAUGAAGAUAGAAAUCUGCAGGUGAGAUUGAAAACAGGUAAAUGUUCUAUGCACAAACUAUGAGGACAUUUAUGAUUUGGUUGAUUGUUUUUUUAAUGCUUCAUCACAAUAAAUAUAAUUCCAUUAG